AGAGGCCCAUGAUUUGAUCUGCAUCACUGCUAUCCUGGAAAGACUGGUAGCCAGUGGAAACAUUCACAAGGUCGCCAGCAACCUUGUCAGUCAGAUUCAGGGUGUUCUCCAGAACAGCAGCCCAGCUUCUAUUCCUGUGGCUGCUAGUAAAAGCCUUUCAGAUUCUGUCCUCACUACGAAGGUUAAGACAGUUCCAAAACGGGUUAUAAGUGCCUCUAAUUUAGUUUAUACCUACGCUGAGGAUGCAAUCAAGAAUUUGCUUCAGACAUAUUUUCUCCCCCUUAUGGAAUGGAAUACAAAUGAAGAUGUUGCUUCGUCCACAAUGUUCUCAUCCAGGAUCCAAAGCACACUCUCCGGCUCUUAUGCCAGUGGUCGUCCACGUAGCUCCCAAUCUGCUGAUGCUGCUACUACCGAAGGUCCCUCUACUGUACCCUCUCUUCUUGGGCUGGAUAAAGCUGAUUGCAGCUGCCUGAUGACAAGACUGAUUCAAAGGUUGCCUGCUAACAUUAAUUAUCUAGAAACAGUGGAGUCUUCCCAAUCUCACAUUGCAACUUGUGAUCGAGGCAUGUCUCCUUCACGUACAUUUAAUGAAGUAGCAAACCUCUUCACCCAAGUGAUGACUUACCAAGUAAUGGACAUAGUUGAUUCGGAGCUGAAGAGACAUGACCAGGCCAGCUUGUCCAACAAAAGACCAUCUAGCGUCAGAUCUUCUGAUGAACCCAGGAUCUUAUCACCUGACAUGGAUGGAACUGUUACUGAAGGAGAAAUAUCCUUUCUACUUGAUACUAGCCCUGGCCACUCUGGUGGUUUGUUUUCCGGACUGAUCCAGAGGUUCCUUGCAGAAUUUAGAUACUCCGAAUCUGCUCUAUCUGAUGCAGGGGACGACGUCAGAGGCGCCGCUGCAUCAUCCCCCAGGAGCCAAAGCACCCGAUCUGCCACUGUAAGCUUUGAGCCAGACAUGGCAAAGGACUCAAAAGUUGCAUCACAAAAACUUAAAAACAUGUUAGGGCUGUUCACCAGUGUGAUGGUUCGCCAAGUCGUGGAUGUCCUUCACAAGGAAUCAACAGUGGAAAUGGACAGAGAGACCGAUCAGACUAAGGUUGUCCCCACUGUAGAAGAGCAAUGCAGUGCAGAUGAGGAGCCUCAUGGCUCAACCAGCAGACCAUCAAGUUCUAAAGCCUCUGAUCGACUCACCAUUUUGCUGUCAGAUGCCAUAACUGAUGGAGAUGAAGCAGUCUGUGACAGUGGGCAGAAGAAAAGUACAAGAAGCCCCUCCACCAUGGCCCAUAUGGUUGGUUCAGACAGCAGUGACAAUGGCUGUUUGGUCACGGUUCUGAUGCUAAGGCUGUUGGCCAAAAUCAAGGACCAACCAACUGCUUCAGCUGAUAUGAUGGACUCCUCCCAAGAGCUGAUUGAGAAGCUUCUCUCUGAGUUCAGCAGUACCUCAGGAACUCCAACCUUCCACACUUAUCCAAGCAAUGUAAAGGUUCAGGCCAUAUUUAGAAACAUGGAUAAGUUCCUCCUGAAGGAAUUUGGACCAGAGACUGUCCUUCAGAGAGCUGUGGAGACACAGGAGGUCUUUUUUGAUAACGUUUUGCUAACGGCAUUGAGGAAGGAACUGCUGCACCAGGGUGGUGAAGCAACUGAUCCCCCGGCAACCCAGAAUGCUCCACCAUCCCCUCAGCUGGUGCCUGUAGCAGAGGAUGGCCCAACAGGGAGCACUAAAUUGAAGAUGCCAAAAAUGAGGUUCAAAAUGAAGAUGCCAAAAAGAAGCAGCAAGAAAGUGUCUCCUACCAAUGCCUUUUCUGACUCAACUGGUAAGCAAUCAGAGACCCCUGCCCCUGGUAUGCCGUGUGAUGAGAUGAAUCCAUCCGUGUCUGCUUCCGGACCGAAGACUCGCAAACGAGCCUUUUUUCUCAGGAUUUUUACAUGCUGCACUUUUGAAGCCUAGGCCAUUAUUAUUCUUAACAAGUAUAUAUUCCCUUUCUUUACCCAAUUGUUUC